AUGGCCAGCAGUCCUUUGCCGGCCCCCACCGACCUCCUUCUGGCCGCCCCGUCCAGCGCUUUCCCGCCGGAGCCACUCAGCCAGCCGCCGCCCGCCGCCCGCGGCGCCCCGGCCGUCCCCGCGGGCGCCAUGAAGCCUAACCAGGUGGGCCAGGUGAUCCUGUACGGCAUCCCCAUCGUCUCGCUGGUGAUCGACGGGCAGGAGCGCCUGUGCCUGGCUCAGAUCUCCAACACGCUGCUCAAGAACUUCAGCUACAACGAGAUCCACAACCGUCGGGUGGCGCUGGGCAUCACCUGCGUGCAGUGCACGCCGGUGCAGCUGGAGAUCCUGCGCCGGGCCGGGGCCAUGCCCAUCUCGUCGCGCCGCUGCGGCAUGAUCACCAAGCGCGAGGCCGAGCGCCUCUGCAAGUCCUUCCUGGGCGAGAACCGGCCGCCGAAGCUGCCGGACAACUUCGCCUUCGACGUGUCGCACGACUGCGCCUGGGGCUGCCGGGGCAGCUUCAUCCCGGCGCGCUACAACAGCUCGCGCGCCAAGUGCAUCAAGUGCAGCUACUGCAGCCUCUACUUCUCGCCCAACAAGUUCAUCUUCCACUCGCACCGCACGCCCGACGCCAAGUACCUGCAGCCCGACGCCGCCAACUUCAACUCCUGGCGCCGCCACCUCAAGCUGACCGACAAGGCCCCGCAGGACGAGCUGGUCUUCGCCUGGGAGGACGUCAAGGCUAUGUUCAACGGCGGCAGCCGCAAGCGCGCGCUCCCCUCCGUCGCGCCGCCCGGCCCGCCGGCUCCGCCCUGCCACCCGCUGGCCUCCGUCAAGGCCGCCGCCGCCGCCGCCGGGGUGGGGUUGGCGGGCGGCGCGGGCGGCGGCGGCCUGCUCAGCCCGCACCUCCUGGCCGCGCCCCCGCCGCCGCCGCCGGAUCUGCCCCAGAAGCGGCCGCGCUUCGACGACGAUAGCGAGCUUCAGGAGGCUGUGGCCGCGGCUGCCGCCGCGGCCGCAGCCAUGGCGCACGGGAAAGCCCCGCGGAACUACCCGGUCAUUCCGGUUCCCAGCAAGGGCGCCUCCUUCGGGGGCGUCCUGCAGAAGUUCCCCGGCUGCGGGGGCCUCUUCCCGCACCCCUACGGCUUCCCGGCCGCUGCGGCCGCCGCCUUCAGCCUCUGCCACAAGAAGGAGGAGGCCGACGGGCUGGGCGUCGGGGGUCAGGGUGGCCCGGGGGCUCCCAAGGCGGCGGCGGGCACCCCGUCGGCCGGAGCCGGCCUCUCCGGCCUCUUCUGGCCCGGGAGCCGUAAAGAGGCGGCGGCAGCUGCGGCGGCCGCCUUCUACCCGCCCUUCUGCAUGUUCUGGCCGCCUCGCGCGCCAGGCGGACUGCCCGGGCUGCCCACCUACCUGCAGCCGCCGCCGCCGCCGCCGCCGCCGCCACAACCCUCGGGCUGCUCGGCGCUGGGCGGGGAGAGCUCCAGCCUGCUGCGUCAGGCUUUCCUGGACCUGGCCGCCGAGCCCACCGGCGAAGCGGGGGCCGCUGGGCUGGGCGCCAGCAGCCGGGAGCCGCGCGCCUUCGAAGGGGGUGGCGGGGGUGGCGAGGGCGGCGGCUCCCCCGCCGCCGAGGGCGCGGUCCCCACCGCCCGCCUGCUGGACGGCCAGCCGCGGGCCAAGGGGGGCUCGGCCUACCACCACUCCAGCGCCUUCCGCCCUGUGGGGGGCAAGGAGGACUCGGAGAGCCUCGCCAAGCUCCACCAGCACCACCAGCCGCCGGCCCGGCCCGCCUCGCCGCCGCCGCCGCUCCUGCUCCUGCCGGCCGAACGCGAGCCGGCCCUCCCGCCCGCCGGGCCCCGGCUCCUCUCGCCCGGGGGGACCAGCUGCAGCUUCCCCAGCGAGGACAGCAGCGAGGCGGAGGAGGAGGAGGAGGAGGAGGAGGAGCCGGAGGUCGACGUGGAGAGUCACCGGCAGCCCGGCGAGGAGGACGAGGAGGACGAGGAUGAAGAGGAGCAGGAGGAGGAGGAAGGAGCGGGGCCCGAGCCGGUGGAUCCCGUCGGCGGAACCAGCCACUUCCAGCAAGGCCGGGGACUGACGGACAAGGGGGGCGCCCGGGAGAGAUCGAACCCUUCCACGGCUGCCCCGACGGGGCCUUUCCUUGCCCAGGGGAGCCCCGCUGCCCCCGAGCCCGAACAGCUGCCGCCGCUGCCCCCGUCUGUGCCCCCCUGCCUCCCCAAAGGGGCCAGCAGCCCGGCGAUCCAUACGGCGGCCCAGGAGACCGCGCCGACGACGCCCUACAAAGAUAUUCUGAAAAGCAAGGAAGUUCAUCCCGUCAGUGUCUCCUCCAAGGAAGAUACUUUCUCAGAUAAGAACAAGGAACACAGUUUUUUCAUCACAGACUCUGAACAUCCAGGAGACAUUUGGAGAAAUAUAGCAGGUGACCCCAUCCAGGAAACCAACGCACCCCAUUCUCUGAAAAAGGACGUGGAGAACAUGGGGAAAGAAGAGCUUCAGAAGGUCUUGUUUGAACAGAUCGAUUGGCGCAGGAGGCUUGAACAGGAAUUCCAAGUGCUGAAAGGAACCACUUCAUUCCCAGUCUUCAAUAAUUUUCAAGAUCAGAUGAAGCGGGAGUUGGCCUACAGAGAAGAAAUGGUUCAGCAAUUACAAAUUAUCCCCUAUGCAGCAAGCUUGAUCAGGAAAGAAAAACUUGGCACACAUCUCAGCAAAAGCUAA